CGCUUAGCUACGUUACUAUAAAUACUGGCAGCCGGUCAAGCAGAGCACAGUUGCAGCUCAGCAUUCUGUCUGAGAACAUCACAGAAUAAGCGCAUAAUGAAGUCUUUCGGCUCUGUCGUUUUAGCGGUUUGUGGCGUUCUAUGCGUCGCUGCCGAUCCCCAACACACCUACGACGGACGCGAUGGGCCCCAUGUAUUUGGAUCUCCUGGCAAUCAGGUAUAUAUCCGGGGACAAAAUGAAGGCCCCUACAGUGUGGCCGGAGUAGAAGGCAAAUUUCAAAACACUCCAUCGCGUGGCGAACACGUCUACACGGAUGGGAGUGGCAACACAUUUGUGAACCGAAAGAAUGCCGGAGGACAAGGUACGCACACCAUUAGCGGUCCUGGAUUUACCGCCACAAAUGGACAGCAUAAAAUUGUUAGUGGAAACAACGCUGGCAGUGGCUUGAAUGCUGGACGCCGUAGCCGACGAGAACCCCAGUUUCACGUUGAGCGACCUGGCCGAACAGUAGAUGUCGGUCCGGGAGGAUAUGUUGUUCAACGUGGACGUCGUAGCCCACAACUUCACGUGGAACGUCCUGGCCGAACAGUAGAUGUUGGUCCUGGAGGAUAUGUGAUUCAACGUGGACGCCGUAGCCCACAACUUCACGUGGAGCGUCCCGGUCGUACAGUCGACGUCGGUCCUGGAGGAUACGUUAUUCAACGUGGACGCCGUGGCAUUAAUGAUGCUCGUGUGCAAGGAGAGAACUUUGUAGCCCGUGGGGAUCAGGCUGGCGUGUGGAACAAGAAUGUUUCAGUAUGGAAACGUCCAGAUGGACGCACUGUAACGCUCGACAAAAACGGAAAUGCGAUUGUCUCAGGUCGAGGUCGACCAGAGCAGCGUUACUCCAGCUAAUUCAUUCAACUUUAAAUACAAAUAUACUUAAAUCAUACAAAUUUAUGAUAAUAAACCAAUUUAACAAAACUUGUAGCCUGA